AUGCACUACAAAGCUUGGGCCUGUAAAAUUCUGGCACCCGAGGGAAGCAACGGAGUGCCUAAAGAGGAGCAGGUGAUCUACGAGGACGAGAUCGGUAGGGAGAUCGGCGACGAUAUGGGGCCGAGAUGGAGGGAGGCGCUGCGUAACGAGGAGCACCUGCAUGGGCCGAAAAUAACGAAAGUAGAGGCCAUACUCUUCGACGAGCCACUAACGAAACCCUUGGACGACAUCACCGAGGCCCGGCAGCUUCUUGCGGUCAAGCUGCGGCAGCUGCAUGACUUUCAGUUCGAGCAGUGCGUCGAUCCACACCGGGGCUCGCUCGACGAUGUUUACACGGAGGAGCAGUUCCGCAUUCUCGUUUCAGACAUCCUGCCGUACUGGGCCAAGGAGUACUUUCGGGAGUCGAUGAGUUACCCCAGUCAGUCGCUGUGGAGGGCCUUGGCCGUGAGGGUGAUGAUCCUGAUGGCGCAUCACAUGCUGGGCAGGGGGAUAAGCAUCCGCGAGAUCCGCUACUGCAAUAUGUUCACUCACGUCCUUCCGCCCAUCACGAACAGCAAGGGGGAAUCGUCUAUCCACGUUCUCGUGGUCGCCUAUCGCAACUCGAAGACCAUCAAAGACAACAAGCUCGGCCACCUGUACCUGACUCGACACAUGGACUUCCUGCAGUGCGGCUUCGGAGCAGUGUUCAUGUGGAUACAUUUCAUUUUCGACCUUGUGCCGCUCUACUACAACAACGAUAAGAUCGUGCCCCCCUUGGAUUUCAGCAACCCGGAAAAUUGGUCAAAGAAGCACCUGUUCUUCGCCCUCUUCGACAAAGACAAGACCGAGUUGCCGUACGCGACUCAUGCCAAAUGGGUUACCUGGGCGAUGAAAAGCGCGGAGUGGAUCCUGUCGAAAGUCACACAUAUCUUUCGACGGUCUGCGGCACAGAUCCUCGCCGACAAAAACUGUGAACUCGACAACAUCGCGCAGCUGGGUCAAUGGGACAUGAACGAGAUGCGCAGGUCAUACGUCACAGGCAUCCCGCGCGGGGCCAUCCAGCUGCAAGCGGGUUUCACGACGGAACCGGGUGACUAUUACCUUGGAAGAUCGAAGAGCGAAGUACCCGCGAAGGUCCUGAAGGCUAUCGAGGAGCACAUAUUUCCAGAGGCGGAGCAGUGGCUCGACGAGGACGCAUCCUUUCAACUCAACACCAAGCACCUCAUCACGCAACUUCGGGCAGAGGUCAACUUACACAAGGAGGAGGGUGGGAAAAAAGAAAUCAAGAUCAAGGGCCUCGAGCAGAAGGUCGAGUCAUUGGAGCGGGAGAAGGGCGCGAUGCAAGCGGAGUUGGAGGCGAAGGCAGAAGCACUCGCGCUACUGCAGAAAGCGUUCGACGCACUGAAGAUUACCGCCGCGACAACCGCAGCUGCGAGUGUGGGGGGGAGCGAGAGUGUGCCGCAGACGGCGACCGAAGAAACCACCCCGCCACCACAGCAACCCCCUCAAUCAACGCCCACUCAACAGAGCAAGGGCAGCCAGCUCGACCAAGCAUUCUUCGACGCAGUGGUGUGGCCGUGGUGCAAUUGCGAGACCGUGCGGCAGGCGUGGUCGUACUGGGACGGGCCAAGCCCGCUGAACAACGGACACAGUCUUCGACAUGCUUACAGGAGGGGUUUCGCCGUCAAGUUCAGCAAGUUCACUCCGACUCCUCCCACCGUUCCCCAGGUUGCGGUGGACCAGCCAAAAGAAAAGCCACCGACCCCAAAAGCUGUCGAGUCGAAAUUGCGGAAGAUGGAGGUUGUCAUGAGGGCCGUCGAGAUAUUCAGGGUCGACGACAGCAGCGCGGCUACGUCGACGAUCAUUGAUAAGCUUGACUCAAUAGUCGCGAACCACUCGAUCAACAUGCUGGCUGAAGGGCUCGUUCUCAAAGAGGAUUCGGGGAAGCAGCUCACGAAGAAGCGCAAAGUCGAGACAGCAGAAGACAACCGGAAGGACAAAGAUCGCCUCAGGAUCACGCGGGAGCUCAUUCGCGUCGAGCUUCGAACCACGAAAUGGGCCGAGAACGUGCUCAAAGACAAAUGGAAAGAGUUCAUGAAAACAUUGGGCGAGAGCCCAAGUUCGACAGGCAAUCCUGACGAGGGGGGAAAGUAG